AUGGCCUCCUUGCCCAGAUUCCACACUCGGACUGGGACACUAGUUUCGCUGAGUAAUGACAACAGGACAGCCUACAGAAGUCAUCCAACACAGGAAUUCAACAACGGGGUCGUGCUUAGUGCAGAGGCACUGAAGGAUGACCAAGUUUUCGAGGUCAAGAUCGAUAAAAAGGUGAAUUCCUGGAGUGGUUCUAUAGAGAUAGGAGUGACGACAUGUGACCCAGACAACCUCAGUUUCCCUAUCAGUGCCACUGGAUUUCGAGAUGGGACCUGGGUCAUGUCUGGCAGCUCUGUAUUAAAAGAUGGCCACUCAAUGAUAGAGGAGUACGGGUGUGACCUUGACCAGCUCUCUGAGGGUGAUAUUGUCGGAGUGAUGAGGUCAGCUUCGGGAGAGCUGCAUUUCUUUGUCAACGGGGCCGAUCAAGGACCAGCUGCGACGGGGAUACCACCCAAUGUUUUCGCCGUGAUUGACAUGUACGGCAAAUGUGCCCAAGUGUCUAUUAUUGAAUCGUCGGAUAACAGGGUCACAGCUCCAAACACAACUCCCAGUGAGAUGGCCCACCAGCUUGCCAAUGAGUUUCUGGCCCAGCUGUCUUCGCAGAUAGUGAAUGAUUUGACGAGAUCCACAAACGCUCUCAAUAUGACAGAGGACCCAGCAGUUCAAUCAAAUGAGAGGCUGACAUUUCAUGAAAGAUGUGGAAGUCUUGUUAAGUUAACAAGUGGCAGACGCACCGCUGAGCGACGACGCCCACUAGACGAGUUUAAUAAUGGAGUUGUUAUGACAAACAGGCCGUUGAGGGAUGAAGAAAUAUUUGAGAUACGUCUUGACAGACUUGUGGAUAAAUGGUCUGGUUCGAUUGAGGUUGGAAUUACCACACACAACCCUAGUGCUAUAGACUUUCCGGCCACCAUGACUAAUAUGAGAUCUGGCACCAUCAUGAUGAGUGGAUGUGGCAUAUUGACCAAUGGCAAAGGCACACGGCGGGAAUAUGGACAGUAUAACCUAGAUGCACUUGCAGAAGGAGACAGGAUCGGUCUGAUUCGGAAGACCAAUGGAAGCUUGAACUACUUUAUUAAUGGUGUCGACCAAGGCAUGGCUUCAAAUACCUGCCCACAAGUGGUAUGGGGCGUGGUGGACCUCUAUGGCAUGGCUGUCAAGGUGACGAUACUUGAUCGUACAGACCCCAACUACAACCAUGUGGUGAACAGUCGAGCCCCAGAGAGACAGAGGUUCCUACGACAAUUUCCUGAUCUCUAUGACGAGGAAAACACAACAGAGGAAGAGGUGGAAAGACUGACAUUUCACACCCGAUGUGGGACACAUGCAGCUGUCAUAGGAAACUCUAGAACUGCCCACAGACCCAAUGCUGUGGAUGACUUUAACAACGGUGUAGUUUUAACAGCGAGAACAAUUCGACCUAACGAGCAUUUCGAAGUUCGCCUGGACAAAAUGGUGGACAAGUGGGCGGGGUCAAUUGAAAUCGGGCUGACACUUCACACGCCAGAGAGCCUGGAAUUCCCUUCGACAAUGACGAAUAUUCGAUCGGGAACAUGGAUGAUGACAGGAAAUGGGGUUAUGUACAACGGAACGACUGUGUUGGAUGACUAUGGCCAGAAUUUGGAUAGACUGAAGGUCGGUGACAGAGUGGGUGUAAUCCGUAAAGACACAGGCACAGUCCACUUCUUUGUGAAUGGAAUAGACAUGGGGGCGGCAGCCAGUAACGUGCCAGAGAAUGUGUAUGGAGUUAUUGACCUGUACGGACAGGCUGCACAGGCUACAAUAGUGGACCAGUCAGACAAUCUGAGCACCCCGGACGUAGAUUUCUCAAGCCUCAGUGAAACAGACCUCUUACUGUUUCACAACUUUCACGGCACAAACUCUGCAAUCACAAACAGUGGACGAACAUCCAUACGUCCCAACGCGACUGGCGAGUUUAAUGAUGCAAUUGUGAUGAGUAAUCGGCAGUUGAAGGAUAAUGAACUGUUUGAAGUGAUUAUUGAGCGUAUGGUCGACCGCUGGUCAGGGUCUAUAGAAGCAGGAGUUACAUUAAUAAAGCCAGAGGACUUGGAGUUCCCCAACACCAUGACGGACAUUGAAUAUGACACAUGGAUGCUGAGUGGUUCAGCGAUCAUGCAAGAUGGGUCAACCAUACGUAACGGCUAUCCACUAGACCUAGACUCGGUUGUUGUUGGGUGUCGUAUUGGCAUGAUGCGUUGUUCUGACGGAACUCUUCACUACUUCCUGAAUGGAGUGGACCAGGGCGUAGCUUGCUCCAAUAUUCCACAAGGAGUGUUUGCAGUGAUAGACCUGUAUGGCCAGUGUGCCCAGGUGUCCAUAACCAGCGGGUCGGGUGUGAUGCCCAAUGAAAACAACCUUAUAAAUAGGGCCAUAGUGGAACAGAGCAGCUUAAGUUCCCCUCUUGCUUCAGAAAUCCAGAAUAUCACCCACAGAUUCAGCAUGUGUUGCGGCAAAAAUAUAAGCCUCACAACCAACAGUUGCACAGCCACCCGGUCACACAACUUUAACAAUGGACUCAUAUUCAGCUCCGACCCACUAAAAAAAGACGAGAUAUUUGAAAUACGGGUUGAAAAAAUCAAUAAACAAUGGUCAGGCGGUAUUAGGAUUGGACUAACAUCGAUGGCCAUCUCGGAUACAACUCCAGUUUCGGCUAUUCCGACGUCGGUUUUGGAAUUGACGGCAAAGCCCACUUGGAUUGUGUGUGGGGAGAAUGUGAAAAAGUCUGGAGUGACCAUAAAGGAAAACUAUGCUCCAUCACUAGAAAGAUUAGAGGUGGGGAAUAAAAUAGGAAUUCGCCGUAGCCAAGACGGAGCCAUGCAUGUUUACCUGAAUGGUGAAAACCUCGGCAUUGCCGCUUCAAGUAUUCCAAGAAAUGUAUUUGCUGUGAUAGAUUUAUACGGAAUGGUAGAGUCGGUUUCCGUGGUGAGCAGUGUAACCAUGGUAACAGAUAGUUCCACAACAACACCGUCUGUAGACUCCGAGACUGGCCAUCAAAUUGUUAGGCAUAUAGAUAGAGACCAGGAUCGAGAUACUGCCAGCAGCUGUGUGUCCGAGUUCCACUGUAACCAUGGCAAGAAUAUUCGCUUGUCCAAUGGCAACUUGACCAUUACACGCACUGCCAGCUAUAACCAAGGCGUAGCUGUUACCAGUAAACCACUGGCCAGGAAUCACCUCUUCAAGGUUCGUAUUGACAAGCUGAACACAAGAUGGAGCUCCUCCAUGAUGAUUGGCUAUGUCGGGUUUUCCCCGGAGAAGUUCAGUUUUCCCGUGUCAGCCAUGGCCAUCAAGAAAUCCUGUGUUCUAGUCCAUUCUGACCAUGUGUACUCAUGUGGAGCCAAGAUCAAAGAAAACUAUGGCCCAAACCUGAACAGCCUACAGGUUGGACAGACGGUGGGUGUGUUAGUGGACGAAGAUCACAAUCUACACAUGUAUGUGGACGGGCUAGAUCAAGGCAUAGCGGCAAGAGAUGUGCCAACCCCCUGUCAUGGUCUACUGGACCUUUAUGGGCAAUGUGAACAGGUCACAAUAAUUGCGGAGGGUGAGGAUGGUAGAAUGAACCAGCUUGUGGUUGAGGACAGGGAGAAAGCAGACAUUGAUGAUGUUGUGAAAGAAAAAGUAUUUCGACCCCUGGGUGACCAAAGCACUGUUUCCCGGCCGUGUGAAUAUCAGAAUCUCUGCCAGAGGAUUAAAACCCAACUAUCACUGCCUGAGGGUUACUUUGACACAGCGAGUCACCUUUGCUACUGUGAACAGUGCCAUAAACUAAGGGGAGAUGAGCUGUACUGUAGGAAAGGAGACCCUCCUAAGGAAUAUGCAUCACAGUUUGGAUGGUCUCUGUUCAAACUAAGAUUACCUGGUAAAGCCAGCAUGCUAGCGAUGUCUGAGAAAUGGCAUGUGGCAUAUUUUGGCUCUAAAGUUGAAAGCUUGAGAAAAAUACUGGACACUGGUGACCUCCAUGCUACAGGAGAGCUGGUCGCAGGAGGAAGUGUACUAUUGCCCCAGCCUCCAGUCUUCACUGAGAAAUCUCAGCCAGAUGGCUCAUCGGUCAACACAAUAGUUCUCUCACCAACCCUCAGAUAUGCUGGAGCCAAUGAGUUCUCACCAAAGAACAAAGUGAUAGAUCCAAAGACUAAGAAAGCACAUCACGUGAGAGUAGCUUUCCAAGUGUGCGUUAAACCAGGCUCGUACAAGGUUGGCCCACAAUCAAUAGGAGCAAACGAGCCGAUUGAUCCACAAAUCGGGAAUGGGGAAAUUGAGUGGUCAACGAAGGAAAGGGGAUCAGUAUUACUUCACAGUCUUCUGCUGAAAGUGGAAUGAACAAGUGUUUGACACAUGGAGGAUAUCCUGAAACCCAGGAUUGUGUGCUACAUUAUUCAUUAUACAUUUUUCAAGUUUGCUGGGCAUUUGCGUUGGAAUCAUUACAAGUACCUUGAAAUGGAUUCAGGGUUCCCUCUGGGUUUUGAAAAGUUGUUGCCACUUUUCCACUGAGGGUUAAGGGGGCCACAGUAGGUUCUCUUAUGCAGUCAUCAAAAUUAGACUUUUGGAUGAACAAGCCCGAAUUCUUAUACUAUUGCUUGGCACCAAAUUUGUUAACAAGCCCUGCUGUAUAAAAUUUAGAACUUGAGGAAGCCCGGAAGACAUUUUACCAGUGCAGGGCUUUCGGGCUUGUGUUAAUUUCCACCACUGUUAUGGGUCCAAAUUUCUUAAGCACUCUGUUGAAUUGGAUUGCAAAGACGCUUAUAUCCAAUAUAAGCGAAUGAAAACCAUUUCAACAGGGUUCUUUAGGACUUUUGGUAUCUUCUUGUCCCUGUUGAAACAGGCAUGUAUACAUUGAGGGGUUAUAAAGGAAAAUAAUCUAUCUACGUCUUUAUCUAAUGCAGGGUUCACAUACACUUGAAAAGUCCUUGAAUUUCAAUGAUUGAAAUUAGGCUUUUGGAUGAACAAGUCCGAAUUCAUAUACUAUAGCUUGGCAUCAAAUUUUUUAACAAGCCCUGCUAUAUAAAAUUCAGAAUUUGAGCACGCCCGGAAGACAUUUUACUAGUGCAGGGCUUGCGGGCUUGUGUUAACUUUGACCGCUGGAAUUUUAGGCUGCUGGAUGAAAAGUGCUUGAAUUUGCAAAAAAAAUCUAUUUCCAUUUCCGGUUUCAUUUUUGAUGUGAAUGUCUUGCAUUUUUUUUAACUUAUCCUCGUCUGGUUGACCAUGAAAAUGAACACAAAGCAAUGUGUAAAUAUUAAUGCGAGUCAGCCCUGAAUUCCCAUGUCAAGUCGGAGAAACCUUUAAGGACAACUAAAUGUUUCCACAGCUUGCAUUAAUGAUAGUCUUUGAAAAUUUUAAUAUUUUUUUUAUUUAAAAUAGUCCUUGAAAAUGGAAUAAACGUCCUUGAAAUAUCCUUGAAAAAUCCUUAAUUGUUUGCCAGUCUGGCUGUAUGAACCCUGUAAUGGCUCUUAGAACCUUCUAGUUUUCUUUUCUCCAAUUAUUUUACAUUGCAGUCUUGCAGUUAAAGUGUUAGGGCAGUUGCUUUUUGGUUGAAGAAAUGAUAGCGUCUAUCCAUGUUGUAUAGUAUGAUCAGAAAUGUAAAUAAUGCAUGGACUGAAGCAGGGCACAUAAACACAUCAUGCUUUAAUUAGCCAUUUUACUGCUACUUGAGGAGAAAUAGUGCCGCAAUAUUUUUGAUAAUUUUGAUGGACCUGAUAAAUAUAUCAUGUUAUUAUGUGAUAUCUAGGGUAGGAUUCAAUUGUUAAUUAAUUUGUUAUUGGUCCCAAGAGAUAUGCUAAUUAGAUUCUGUCUUUUUCAUUUGAUGGAGGACUGUCACACGAAAACUGUACAGAGAUAUUCACCGAUUUUUUUAAACAAGCAUGCAUGCCUAAUCUGAGGAUGUGAUAUCGUUUGUGUUCUAUGUUAGUAUGAUAAAAAUAAGUGACCAAAAGUAGAAAUAACAUAAGUGACAUCAUUUUUUUAGCAUAAUCUUUUUUGGUGGUGUAUUGAAUAAUUAUAUGAUCAAGAAAUAGUUUUAGCAGGGUUUAUUAUUAAAAGCAUAUAAUAAAAAUAAUUACAGACGAAUGAUAGGAAUGUAUAUCCUAUCUUAUGGACCACAAAAAGUCUCGGUGAAUAUCGCUUUCAGUGGUCCAAAAUAUGGGAUGUACAAAAAAUGUAUAUUAGAAUCAAGUUGUUAUUAAUAGAAUGCAAUAGGAUGUAUUUUAUUGUCUCAUAAAUUUAACAGUAAAGGCGUCCAUCUCCCACCCAAGAAGUUGUGGUUAGAUCUCAACCAUGGUGUACUUUCUCACGGCCUCUGAAUAUGUAAAAGGAAAAUAGUACUGGCACCAAUUUCUCCAAACUUCCUUAAAAGAAGAUUAAACUAAGCUCAUUAUUUUUGUUUUUCUAUAGUUUUGAGUUAUAUUUACUAUUGAAGGAGUUUUUCGUCUUUCAAUAGGACUUAUAUAUAUGCUUAUCACAAUAAACCAUUUUUCAUAAUUCUAUCAAAAUCAUAUUUAUAAAGUAUAUAUUUUGGCUAAUUGAAAUAAGCUACUUACAUGUUAGCCUGUUAAGAUUAAAAAGUUUAGAGAAAGUGGGGCCUGCAUGGUUUCUUGCCAAGAAACAGACAUAAAAAGGAUUCUAAAAGUUUUGUCAUGGUCAAGCUGAAUGAAAUUAGUAGAAUAAAGUAUGUUAUAUGUUCACCCCUAACCCCUUUCUAGCUUUAUUGCUACACAUCGCUCCUCUGAACAUAAAAAUCCAGCAAUAAAUCACGGUAACUCAUAUAAUAUUUCAUAAGUUACUGUGGCAAUAACAUGACACAAAUAUAAUAUGUUCAGCCAACCUGACAUGCAAUAAUUAUUUCUCUGCCCUCUUAAACAUGCAUUGUUUUAGUGAACAACAGAAAAAAGUCCAGCAAUCUUCUUUUUAAUUCUGUACAAAAAGCCAAAUGGCUUAUCAGUUAUGAAUAGCUGAUUUUAAUAAACAACCUUAUAAGGCUAAUUGCCAAGAAAUGAUAGCAGAAAGUGUUGUUUGCUACCAUUUUGAAAGGGCUUUAAGUAAGGGGGGAAUUUAGAUUUGUAUGAUUUGAAAUUAAGCAUUGAGAUUGGUGACCAAAAACCCAGGCUGCAAAUCUAACCUGGGGCGCCUGAGUGACAAUCAAGUUUGCUUAAUGGACAAUAAAAAUAUAAGUAGGCUAUGUUUGGAAUUUUAUUAUAAUGUAACUGUAUGGCAACUCGUGAUCAGUUACCAUGUUUUGAACAGCUUUAUUGAAAUGAAUCUCGAAAUACAUAUUCCAUUUGUUGUCUACACAUUGUUAAUUAUCAUAGGAAAACAUUCAAUGUGGUACUGUAUAUAAAAUGCUUCGAAAAAAUUGCUAAGGCAUAAUUCUUAUUUAUGUAUUUUGUCUGUAAACUGAAGAUAUUGUUUUUUUAGAGGCUAUGAAAUAGCUUGCUAUGUAUUUGCUAUUAAUUGUUUUUAGCACUGUGAUUUUUUUCGUAAUUUUAAGUUUUGUUUUCAUGAUAUUUGGCUUAUAGCCAUGUAAUAUAGGAAUUCAACAGUAUUUUUGUCAUUGAAAAUAUUUGAUAAUGAUAAUUAUUGUACCAAGAAUUGCAUUUUUACUCAAAACUGUGUAUACUGCGAAAUUGUAAUUGUUUAUUUUUUUCUUCUAAACCUGCAGGGUGCUGACUUAAUUGUUUAAAUGACCAAACGAAAAUAACUACCUUAGUGUUUGGCACAAACUGUCUCUAUACUAGCCAAUACACAUGCACAAACUGCUGAGCAAACCACUUAAUAAAACUCAUAAAUGACAAUGAAUUUAUGGUCAUUUUAGGCAAAGCUUUCUAAUCAAUUAAAUCAGAAACCGUCUGGCAAUCCUAUUAGCUGGGACAUGAGGGUAAACACUAAUAUUGUUUAGGCAUGCAAGGGGAUUUUAUUAUGAAUUCUGAAUUUGCAUAACUAUGAUGUUUGAUUGAGCUCAGAAGCCGAUACCAUCUCCACUGACAUGCAUGUGUAGUUAUUUUUUUAAUUAGGUCUGUCAGUUUUUCGAAGAAAGAAAGUUGAUGUACUAUGAUAUAGUUGGCGUCUUUGUUACCGUUCGAGGGAAGCAAAACAAUUAAGUUAAACUUGGUUCACCUGCUUCUAUCAAUGUCCAGUUAUGCCUCAUGUUCAACUGAAAAGUAUAGAACAAGUUUGAGGUAUGCUCAGUUGUGCUCUUGUUAAAACAGUGUGUUACACACAUUAACUAUUCCAAAUAUCACAUACAGUUUUUCAAAUAUCAUCAUGUUGAGGAAAAACAAAAUUCAUAGUCAGUUGUUUUGUACUGAAAUGUAUUUAGAACUGUUGUUGAAAUCAUGCAUCUUUUAAACAAAAUCUUGUUUACAACAGACAGACAAACUUAUAUUAUUUCAUUUGUUUUAUCAACUGUAAUCCUGCCAUACAUUAGGUGUAUGUUGUUGUGUAUUUCAUUUAUGUGAUAUUGUUUCUUGAUAUAAAUAGUGCUAUUUAAUGAUGAUUGUUGUAUGAACCAUGAAUAAAAAAAUUGAGAUUAUA